CCACCUGCAAAGAUGUGUGAUCAAACCUUUGCGGCCAGUAUUUUUGGGCCGUGCGACAUUUGUACCAAAGAGAAAGUUCUUCAACAAAUAUACUGCAAAUCGGAGAAACGCAGCUGUUGUGGGCUAUGUGUGAAACAGAUGGCAACCGAGGGGCUGCAGGAGAAAGAGAGCCUGGCCGUGCUGAAGACCGAAGCGGAGAGCCUGAAGGGCAAGCUGGAAGAGGAGCGGGCCAAGCUGCACGAUGUGGAGCUGCAUCAGGUGGCAGAGCGUGUGGAGGCUUUGGGACAAUUUGUGAUGAAGACACGGAGGACCCUGAAAGGCCACGGUAAUAAAGUCCUCUGUAUGGACUGGUGCAAGGACAAAAGAAGAGUUGUCAGUUCUUCCCAGGACGGGAAGGUGAUCGUUUGGGAUGCCUUCACCACCAAUAAGGAGCAUGCGGUGACGAUGCCCUGCACAUGGGUGAUGGCAUGUGCCUAUGCUCCAUCUGGAUGUGCCAUUGCAUGUGGCGGUCUGGAUAACAAAUGCUCGGUAUACCCUCUGACCUUUGAAAAAAACGAGAACAUGGCCGCUAAGAAGAAAUCUGUCGCGAUGCACACUAACUACUUGUCGGCUUGCAGUUUCACUAAUUCUGAUAUGCAGAUCUUGACUGCAAGCGGUGAUGGUACUUGUGCCCUCUGGGAUGUCGAAAGCGGGCAGCUUCUACAGAGUUUCCAUGGACACGGGGCAGAUGUCUUAUGCCUGGAUCUUGCUCCUUCAGAAACUGGGAACACGUUUGUGUCGGGGGGGUGCGAUAAAAAGGCAAUGAUCUGGGACAUGCGGACCGGACAAUGCAUUCAAUCCUUUGAAACCCAUGAGUCGGAUAUUAAUGGUGUCAGGUACUACCCAAGCGGAGAUGCCUUUGCCUCUGGCUCGGAUGAUGCCACAUGCCGCUUAUAUGACCUCCGAGCAGACAGAGAGGUAGCCAUUUAUUCCAAAGAAAGCAUCAUCUUCGGAGCAUCCAGCGUGGAUUUUUCUCUUAGUGGACGUUUAUUAUUUGCGGGCUACAACGACUACACCAUAAACGUUUGGGAUGUUCUGAAAGGCUCUCGCGUCGCCAUUUUGUUCGGUCACGAGAACCGCGUUAGCACUUUGAGGGUUUCGCCCGACGGGACUGCCUUUUGUUCUGGAUCGUGGGAUCACACUCUAAGGAUCUGGGCUUAAGUAGCAGGGCCGUUUCCCAACAUGUAUUCACAUAGGGAGCCAUAGGAUCGCGCACCCCAUGGAACAUCCGUUUAAUGGGGUAGGGGGGAAACGAAAUCUGCUGCAAAGAACUCUGUCACGACCUUAAAUGGAUGGCGAAAAGAUGGAAGGAGACACCGUCUUAGUAUUUAUCACAUAGCUGCCCAAUUCAGAGCUACUUCUAGAUAGACAAUAUAUAGAGAUAUAGAUAUAUAGAUAUAUACGUUUAUCAUAUGUGGGGGGCGCUGGGCGUGAGAGUUUAUGUGUUGCUAUAUAGUCCGAACAUGUUUUUAAUUCUCUUUUUGAAACUACUGUAUCUUUUUUUUCUUCCUUAGAUAGAGAGGAUAAUCAUUCUAAAGCCAAACUUUUGGGAAAAAUCAUAACUUGGUUAAGAGGACUUUUAGCAUUUUAAAUCACGCAGUCCAUGUGGUGUUUGCAUGAAAUGACGUUCCUUUCUAAAGUCGAUUUGGCAUUAAAAUAGAAGCCAGUGUAAGGGGUUGGUGGUCAUUUUUGGGUUUUUUUUUUGCUUUGGAUUAUGAGCCCAGAAGCUUCCACGCUGCCAUUUGUUUGUUUGUUUGUUUGUUUUAAAAAAAUCAGGGUAUCUGAGGGUUUGUUUGCACAUUCCAUAAUAGAAGCAGGACAAGAGGAAGCGAUUCUCUUUCCUUGCUCUUCAAGGUCUCGGGGGACGCAGAGAGAGAGAGACAGUGCUGUGCAACGGGUAGGCUUGUAUUCGAAGUCCCCACUCAGCCGUGAAGCACACCGGGUGCCCGUGGCCUCAGUCACUAUCUCUCAGCCUAGCCUACCUCAUAAGAUUGUUGUGCAUGGGGUGGGGAACCCACAAAGUUGUGCAGAAGACGAAUGACACUGCCUUGGUCAUCUUGGGAGUAAAUUCGGGAUAGAAACAGAGGCCGUAUAAAAUAAACGAACGACUGCAAAGCCCUUUGGGUGGGAUCUGGUUUGGUGACAGGACGUCUCCCCGUUAGCUGAGACCCCAUCUCAAAGAUUGUGGGGAGCGGAAAAUCUGAUGGAUCAACCAGAUUUCCGUUUUCCUUUUGGCACUUACGGAAUGCACGCCUCAAGCCUGAUUGGAAACCCUUUUUCUCCCAACGCUAACUGAACCCUAAUUGAAAAGAAACAAAUCAUUCAAAUUAAAAUCGCUGGCUUGUAUUUGCUGUUUCUGUGAGCUGGAUCCAAGGGGUGCCAAAUACAGGUAGUCCUCGACUUACAGCAGCUCAUUUAGUGACCAAAGUUGCAACGCCGCUGAAAAAGUGACUGAUGGCCAUUUUUCACACUUAUGACCGCCGUAAGCAUCCCCAUGGUCAGGUGAUUUACCUUACCGGAUGCUUGACAACUGAUUCACAUUUACGACAAUCGCAGUGUCCUGGGGUCGCGUGAUUCCCCCUUUGCGCCCUUCUGACAAACAAAACCCACGGGGGAGCCAGAUUCACUGGACAACCUUGUUACUAACUUAACAACGGCCGUGAUUCACUCAACAACUGUGGCAAGAGAAGUCGUAAAAUGGGGGCACAAGUCAUUUAGCAAAUUUCUCACUUAGCAACAUCAAUUCUGGGCUCAGCUGUGGUCGUAAGUCGUGGGCUGCCGUUACCAUCGGGUUGUAACUUAACUUUGACGUAUUUCCAGCCACGGCAUCCAAGUCACUCAAAUGAUCGAAGAUUCUUGCGACCCGCUUCUGAAAUUCCAAUGGCCGCCCUCCUUGGAAUCACGUUUCAGGCCCUUGGCAAUCGGCUCACAUUUGUGGCCGUUUGCAGCUUUAACCCAAUUUACAACGCUUUGCUAAAAAUGGAUGUUUACGUCCCGUUUUUUUUUUAUUUUAUUUUAUUUACAUUUAUAUCCCGCCCUUCUCCGAAGACUAAGGGCGGCUUACAGUGUAUAAGGCAAUAGUCUCAUUCUAUUUGUAUAUUUACAAAGUCAACAAUCUGGGUCCUCAUUUUACCUACCUUAUAAAGGAUGGAAGGCUGAGUCAACCUCGGGCCGGGCUUGAACCUGCAGUAAUUGCAGGCUGCUGUGUUCUAAUAACAGGCUUCUAACAGCCUGAGCUACCACGGCCCUUUUUCAACAAAAACGCCUCAUAGCGAAAAAUGGGUCCACUUAAAAACCGCAGCAUUCGCUUAAUGGCUGUAGAGUUACUUUACAAUGGUGGCGGAUGGUCUCUUAAUGACUUUAAGGUUGCAGAAUCGGGUCUAGGUCAUCUGACGAUCUGCUUAUGACUGUCAUGAGCAAGGUUUCCACCUGGUUGUCGUUUGAGGUCUACCUUUCUUGUUAGGAAGACAGGAUUACUAUCAGGGAUCAGUUAUUGGCCUAAUUUUGGGAAAAUGCUAUUUUUUAUUAGUUUAUGGCAUAAAAUGCAAAAAUUAGUUGUUGGUCUAAUUUCAAAGACAGCUCAAAGUGUUGCGUUGGUCAACAAACCUCGUUUUUUCCCCCCUUGUUGGAUGGGAAGGAAAGGAUGAUGAUCAUAUGACUAAAAAAAAAAAAAAAAGAAGUGAAAAAUGAAGAGUCCUCUGUUCACACAAAGAGCAACCCAUCAACAGCUUAUGCUUUGAGGAACAUUCUUCAGGAGAGUAGAGUCCCUAAUAACAGUCGGCAAACCACUCUGCUCCAAAUCCCGUUUUUCCCACCUCAGGGGUGUCCAAUCUUGGCAACUUUUUAAGACCGUGGACUUCAAUUCCCAGAAUUCCUGAACCCAGUAAUUUUAAGAUCUGUGGACUUCAACUCCCAGAAUUCCCCAGCCAGCAACUUUUAAGACUUGUGGACUUCAACUUCCAGAAUUCCCCAACCAGUCAUUCUGGGAGUUGGAAGUCCACAAGUCUUAAAGUUGUUUUUUUUUUAAAUUUACGUUUAUAUUCCGCCCUUCUCCGAAGACUCAGGGCGGCUUAUAGUGUGUAAGGCAAUAGUCUCAUUCUAUUUGUAUAUUUACAAAGUCAACUUAUUGCCCCCCCAACAAUCUGGGUCCUCAUUUUACCUACCUUAUAAAGGAUGGAAGGCUGAGUCAACCUUGGACCUGGUGGGACUAGAACCUGCAGUAAUUGCAGGCAGCUGUGUUUUAAUAACAGGCUUCUUACAGCCUGAGCCACACCGUGGCCCUAGUUGCCAAGGUUGAACACUCCUGUCUUAAAUGGACCUUCUGAACUCAUGCCACUGAAAUACAGGAGAAAGGCAACCUCCCCCUAAUUUUUUGACCAAAAGCAACGCAACGUAGAUGAUCAAAGCCAUUGGCAUAUUUUCUUUAGUUCAAAUUUAAUCAUAGUGCUAGGAGGCAGGAUUCUCUCUCUCUCUCUCCCUCCCUCCCAAGAAAAUAUAUUAUUAUUUUUUUUACUGAAUGGGCUGUUUUUAAAGUAGAGUUUGUGACCUCUGGGUGGUGAAUUGAAAUUAGAAAGCUUUUUGAAGGCAGCGUAUAGAAGUUAUUGUGAUUAUUAUUUAGAAAGACGGAUUUGUGAAGGUGAACUCAUGGGACUUCUCUGAAUCCAUGUACACAGGCCUAGGAAGAGCUGUAAAUAUUUCUAUAAGUGAUUCCAUGUUUCUAGGUGAUUGACAUUCUGCCAUUCCUGGAAACAGCUUGACAAAUCACUGCCCUGCACUUUCCACUUGGAAAACAGAUUGGCGUCCUUUUGUUUUUUUAGGACGUGGGCAACCAGUUUUGCCCAUUGUCCAUGGGGGUGCCUUGUAGAAAUGACCACUGUUAGCUUGUGAAGCAAUGACGAUCUGACACUCCAAACACUUUGAUGCAGUAUUUAUUGGUGAGAUGUUUUGAAUGGAAUACGUGGUGUUGAUUAACUUAUGAAUGGCUGCAGUAUAAUAAAUUGUAUUUUACAUACCGAG